CCCCAGGUGAGCGUCUACCAGGUGCUGGGCAAGGACCACCCGGAGGCCCCCCGGGGGAAGAAGCUGCUCUCCGCCCGGCUGCUGGCCCUGCAGGGCUUCGGCUGGGAGGUCUUCUCCAUCACCCAGGCGGUCCGCGACUGGGUGGCCGAAGAGGGCAGCAACCAGGGCCUGCUGGUGACGGUGCAGGGCCUGGCCGGGGCCCCCCUGGACCCCCACGCCGUGCAGUUCGCCUCGGGCCGGGACCACCACGCCAGCAAGAAGCCCAUGCUGGUCUUGUUCACCGACGACGGGCGGCGGGCGGCCGCCUUGCCCAGCGGCUUCCCCGCUUUGCCGCCUCCCCCCGAGCCCCCCUCCAACCGGACCCGGGGUGCCCGCUCGGCCGAGAGCUCCCUGCCCUGCCAGCGCUACCCGCUGCCGGUGGACUUCGACGAGAUCGGCUGGACCGGCUGGGUCAUCUCCCCGCGGGGCUACAACGCCUUCCACUGCAAGGGCACCUGCCGCUUCCCGCUGGGCCAGAGCAUGCGGCCCACCAACCACGCCACCGUCCAGUCCAUCAUCCACGCCCUGAAGCUCAGCCCGGAGGUGCAGACGCCCUGCUGCGUCCCGGACAAGCUCUACUCCAUCAACCUGCUCUACUUUGACGACGACGAGACGGUGGUCCUCAAGCAGUACGACGGCAUGGUGGCCGGCAGCUGCGGCUGCCACUGA